AUGGCGUGGACGUGGCUGCUGGUGGCAGCUGUGGCGGUGUGUGGACGGCCCACCACGGCAGAUGGCGGCGACUACCGCCUGCCCACGGCGUUCGAACCCACCUCGUACCAGCUGGAGAUCCUGCCCCAUCUGGACGCCGCCGGCCCGCCCUUCACCUUCGAGGGCAGCGUCACCAUCAACCUCACGGUGGUGGACAAUUCGUCAACUGCGAUCGUGCUGCAUGCCGGGCCAGACCUGACAGUGAGUGGGGCCAAGGCCCUGUGGAACGAGAGUGCUCUGCCUGUGUCCGAGCCUAAGGUCAUAGAUGCAGAUCGGGAGUUCCUGCAGGUGGACCUGGAUGAGCCUCUGGAAGCAGAGACCUUCCUUCUGCUCACACUCACCUUCUCUGGGGAGCUGCCCACCGACAUGAAGGGCUUCUACCUCAGCAGCUACCAGCACGCCGGCACCACCAGGUACCUGGCGGCUACCAAGUUUGAACCGACGUACGCACGGAGGGCGUUCCCCUGCUUUGACGAGCCAGCACUGAAGGCCAGCUUCAAACUGAAGGUGAUAGUGCCGCCGGGGUUCGAAGCCAUAAGCGCUACGGAUGCCACCGUCUCCGAAUCCAGCACACACGAAAACCACACGGAGUACCAGUUCGGCGAGAUGCCCAAGAUGUCCACGUACCUCGUGUCCUGGGUGGUGUUCGAACCCACGACCUACUCUGUGAUCUCGCUGUCGCCCGCCGCUGCCGGAACGAACUUUGAGCCACUCGGCAUCGCCUCCACCACAGACCUGCGAAGCGAGAGGACCCUGCCCUACAGGGUGGGUCGGGCUGCGCUAAGGGAGCUGAACAAGAUCUUCGACGGUGACCUGAGCUACUACACGUUCAUGAAGAAUCUCCACCUGGUUGCUCUGCCCGACUUCAUCUCUGGGGCCAUGGAGAACUGGGGAAUGAUCACUUUCAGGGAGCGCCGCCUGCUGAUGAGCGACCAGUCGACCUCGACGGAGACGAUCCAGAGCGUGGCCACGACCAUCGUGCACGAGAUCGUCCACCAGUGGUUCGGCGACCUCGUCAGCCCCGACUGGUGGACCUACCUGUGGCUCAACGAGGGCUUCGCCUCCUACUGGCCCUGCCAGCUGGACCUGGCACUGGACGUCGGCGAUGACUGGCGCAUGGCGGACCAGUUCCUGGUUCUGGGGCUCCAUCCAGCUCUGCGUGAGGACGCAUCCUCCGCCACGCACCCCAUGACCUAUAACGUCAGUACGCCACAGCAAAUUGCGGCCAUCUUCGAUACCGUCAACUACGACAAAGCCGCGUCUGUCAUCCGUAUGUUCGAGCACAUACUUGGAACUGACAGUUUCCGCGCCGGCCUGAAGACGUAUCUUCAAAACAAAGCCUACGGCGCAGCCACAGAGACAGACCUCUUCACAGCACUGGACGCACAGAUUGGAGGUACCAGGGGUUUCCAGACGUUCAAGCUGGGCGACAUCUUCCUCGGAUGGACUCGCAAUGCCGGUUACCCAGUCGUCACUCUCACCAGGGACUACAACACCAACACCGCCAGCAUCAAGCAGGAGCGCUUCUAUGACGACCCCGACGACACAAAAGACGACAGCACCGCACCGUGGAUAGUGCCUAUCACGCUGGCGUGGCAGCAGGACAUGUUCCAGAACACCGCGCCGAGCAGCUACCUGAUCCAAGACACUCCACUGGAGCUGGACAUCACGGCCUCGCCGGACCAGUGGGUGGUGAUGAACGUCCAGCAGACAGGUUACUACCGGGUGCAGUACGACGAGCAGAACUGGCAGCUGCUGAAGUCCCAGCUGGAGUCCGACCCAUCACAGAUCCACCUACUGUCCAGAGCCCAGAUCCUGGACGACGCACUGGCCCUGGCCUCGGCCAGCCAGCUGGACUACGAGUUGGCGAUGGACCUGACGCGCUACCUGGACCACGAGACCGACCCCCUGCCGUGGAUGGCAGCCCUGCCCAACUUCGCUCUCCUCUACCAGAGGCUCGCCAAUUCUGACCUCCAGCAGAACUUGCUGGUGUACCUGACGACAUUAAUGGAUCCCGUAAUGGAACGGCUAGGAGGCUUUGAGGAACGGUCCGACUUGACGCAUGUGGAGAGGGUUCUGCAUGCUCAGCUUCUUCCCUGGGCAUGUCGUGGCAACCUACACAACUGCAGAGACCUGUCUAUUGAAGAAUUCAGCUGGAUCACUGACAGCAGUGCCAGGAGCGUCAGUGCUGAUCGGCGGUCGGUUGUCUACUGUGAAGGCCUGGCUUCGACUACCAGCAGUGCCAUAGGGGAGACAUUCAGCACGCUGUGGGCGCGCUUCACAGACAGUGUGACCGCCCCCAAUGAGAAGAACACCCUCCUGAAUGCUUUCGGCUGCAUCACCCACGAGGCAACAGUCCACAGCUUCCUCGAGAAGGCAGUGAAGAAGGACGGUGUUCGCCUACAGGAUGUGCAGACCGUCUUCAGCAGCGUCAUCUCCAGUCCUCAAGGCGCACAGUUUGCGCUCAGCUACCUGAAGCAGCACAAUGAUGAGGUCAAAGCAGUAUUGGAAGAAAUCGAGAAGACAUCAAGUGUGGUGAACAGCAUGGCCCAGUGGCUGCCAGCAAAUCAGAGAGCAGAGUUGCUCGAGGCUGUGUCCAGCUGGGGAAUCAGCGAGUCUCUGGAAAAAACCAUCAGCUCGCUGGACAGGUGGAUGGAAAGGAAUGAGCCGACACUCAGGACGUGGCUGCAGAGUGUAGCCCCCGUCACCACUGACGCCCCCGUCACCACUGACGCCUCCGUCACCACUGACGCCUCCGCCACCACUGGCGCCCCCGUCACCACUGACGCCCCCGUCACCACUGACGCCUCCGCCACCACUGUCGCCCCCGUCACCACUGAUGCCCCCAACACCACUGACGCCUCCAACACCACUGACGUCCCCAUCAGCACCGAAGCCCCCGGCUCCAGUGCUGCCAUACUGCCAGCCAUCACAAGCAUUGCUCUGGGGCUCACUGUCGUCUGGGCACACCUCAAUGCUGCUGCUGUAUGA